AUUCUACACCAGAAGGUCUUCCUCCAAAAUGAAGAGCAUUCCACGAGCAUCAUCAGCUACAGCUGUUGAGGAUGGAAGUAACGGUGAUACUGAUACAAUUCCAACGCCCAUAGUUAUAAUAGACCAGGACUCUGAUCAAGAUGCAACCGUCGUGCUCGUGCAUGGCGAUCGGCUUGGAGCCCUGCUCGGCACGAUGAAUGCUCUGAAGAACCUGGCGCUGAAUGUUGUCAAGGCUAAUGUCUUUUUGGAUUCUUCUGGAAAACACAACAGAUUUUCCAUUACAAAAGCGUAAGUAUCGAGUGACUUGUAGUAUCUUAAUCAUUCUUGUUCUGCAGUUACUAUGCUGAAUUUGAAGUUGAAGCAGAAGUUCUGCUUUCCUUCUUCUCUGUCUUGCUAUUUUUGGUGCUUCAUAUAUCUAUAU